AUGAUGGGGAAGGAACAAGAAAAACUCGCUCUCCGCAAUAGCAAGAUCUCGUUCCUGACGCCUCGUCCACCGACACCGAUGGCCCAAAAUACUGGCCCAACUGACGACACGCACCAGACCCGCUCGCCUACUGCUGCUUCCACUGCUACUGGCGCCGACACCGAUGUCAUGCAGGUCCUGGUCGUUCACCGCCAUGUCGGAUUCCGAGUCCGAGUCUUCCCCCGAGAAGCAGAGGGAGGGGUCAUCGUCACCGAUUUUCACAUCGACUACAGUGACGUUGUGGACGGGGAGAGGUGCUGGUGCUGGAAGGUCGCAGGAUAG